UGAUUUAAGUUUACAUUAGUUUAAGUUUUCUUAGAAAUACUGAUAGUAUUUUGCAACUCGACAUUGCAAAAUUAUGACUACCGUCGAUAAUUUUUUGAAACACCUCACUACUGAGUCGAAAUAUACGGAUAAACCAGAAAAUUCUAUUAGAUCCUACAUAGUUUUUGUUUGCGGUGUAGUUUUCCUAACAUGGUACGUCCAAUGGUUGUGGAAUAGAAGGUAUCUUUAUAUUCAUUCCAGAAAAGUACCAGGACCGAUUGGACUUCCAUUUAUCGGAUCAGCGUAUUUAUUUUUCUCAUCUCAAACAAGCGAUAUAAUGAAAAUUAUUAUCGAUUUACAAGAAAAAUAUCCUGAUAUAGGUGCUUUAUGGUUCGGUACUAAGCUUUAUUACUCGGUGUCUAAACCAGAACAUAUUGAAAAGAUUUUAACGAAUUCCAAAGCUUUGGACAAAGAUUUUCUUUACAAGUUUAUGACAUUAGCAAUUGGUGAAGGUUUACUAACAGCGGGAGUUGAAAAAUGGAGGAAACAUAGAAAAGUACUCAGGCCAGCCUUCAGUCAAAAAAUUUUGAAUGCUUACCAGGCGAUUUUUUUGGAAAAAUGGGAAAAUUUUGCCGAACAAUUGCAAAAAAAUGUCGGAAACAAAGAUGUGGAUAUAUCUAAAAUGAUCGCUGAUUCUACUUUGGAUAGUAUAUGUGAAACGGCUAUGGGAUUGAAAAUGAGCGAACAAAUUGAGCUAACAAACAUAUCGGAAACUAUGAAUAGAAUGAUGGAGAUAAUAACGUAUAGGGUUAUAUACGUAUGGCACCAUCUGGUAUUUACGUGGAAAUUGUAUCCGUUAAGCAAAGAAUACGAUAAAGUUGUAAGGAAAUUCAAAAAUUUCACAUCAACAAUAAUUAAAAAAAAGGGGCAGGCGUAUAAUCACAAACAAAAUAUUGAAGAUUCUGUAGCCAUCUCUGGAAAUGAAGAAUCUUCAAAAACACACUCAUUUUUGGAUCUCAUAUUGGAAAAUACGAAUUUUACAAAAAAAGAACUUCAAGAUGAACUAGAACUUUUUUUAAGUGCGGGUACGGACACGACUGCAACGGCAAUUAGUAAUACUUUCACAGUUCUAGGCAUAUUUCAAGAUGUACAGCAAAAAGUUUUGGAAGAAGUCCUGGCAACUCUAGGACCCGAUAGACCAGUAUCUCCAUCAGAUUUACCCGAAUUGAAAUACACUGAAAGAGUUAUCAAGGAAAGUUUACGAUUAUUUCCGGUAGCUGCUCAUUUUCUACGAAAAAUAUCUGAAGAUAUCGAUGCAGGUGAUAUAGUUUUCCCUGCGGGUAGUACUGUGUUUUUCGGAUUGGUUCAUAUACAAAGGAACCCACAAUAUUGGCCGGAUCCACUUAAAUUCGAUCCUGAUAGGUUUCUACCAGAAAAUGUAGCUAAACGACAUCCUUGCACAUAUAUACCUUUCUCUUAUGGUCCUAGAAACUGUAUAGGUGCGCAGUACGCCAUGAUGAAUAUGAAAACUACCUUGGCAACUGUUAUAAGAAGGUUCAGAAUUUAUACAAAAUAUAAAACCAUCGAAGAAAUCAAAUUGAAAAUAAAUGUAGUACUUAGAAUGAAGGAAGGACCUAAAGUUUGGGUGGAAGCACGGCGUAUCGGUCUCACAUUGAAAACGAUGUCGAAGGAAUCAAUAGGAACGUCGAUUACGAUUGACUCAACAAGUUAUACGGAAAAACCAGAAAAUAUUGUUACUUCAUACAUAAUUGUUGUUUGCGGUGUAGUUUUCCUAACAUGGUACGUCCAAUGGUUGUGGAAUAGAAGGUAUCUUUAUAUUCAUUCCAGAAAUGUACCAGGACCGCUUGGACUUCCAUUUAUCGGAUCAGCGUAUUUAUUUUUCGUAUCUAAAACAAGCGAUAUAAUGGAAACUCUAAUCGAUUUACAAAAAAUAUAUCCUGAUAUAGGUGCUUUAUGGUUCGGUACAAGGCUUUAUUACACGGUGUCUAAACCAGAACAUAUUGAAAAGAUUUUAACGAGUUCCAAAGCUUUGGACAAAGAUUCUCUUUAUAAAUUUCUUAUAUUCGUUAUUGGUGAAGGUCUCAUAACUGCAAGAGGUCAAAAAUGGAAAAAACACAGAAAAAUUAUAAGGCCGGCUUUCAAUCAAAGAAUUUUGAAUGCUUACCAAGCAGUUUUUUUGGAAAAAGGGGAAAUUUUUGCCGAUCAAUUGCAAAAAAAUGUCGGAAAUAAAGAUAUGGAUUUAUUUGAACUGGUUUCCAAUUGUACUUUAGACAUUAUAUGUGAAACGGCAUUGGGAUUAAAUAUGAAUAUACAAACGGAAAAUUCGAAUUUUUCUAAGACUUUGGACAAAAUUAUGGAGAUAACAACUUACAGAAUUUUCCACGUGUGGCAUCAUUUGGUAUUUACUUGGAAAUUGUAUCCAUUAAGCAAAGAAUACGAUAAAGUUUUGAAAGUUUUCAAAACUUUUACGUCAACAGUAAUUAAAAAGAAGUGGGAGGCUUAUCAUCACAAACAGAAAUUGAAAGAUUCUGUAUCAGUAUCUGAAGAUGAAGAAUCUCCAAAAGAAAAAUUAGCAUUUUUGGAUCUUAUAUUGGAAAAUACGAAUUUUACGGAAGAAGAACUCAAUGAAGAAGUAGAACUUUUCUUAAUAGCAGGAACAGAUACAACUGCAUCGGCUCUAAGUUGUCUUUUCACAGUACUGGGUAUGUUCCAGGAUGUACAGCAAAACGUUUUGGAAGAAAUCCUGGCGAUUCUAGGACCCGAUAGACAAGUAUCUCCUUCAGAUUUACCCGAAUUGAAAUACACUGAAAGAGUUAUCAAGGAAAGUUUACGAUUAUUUCCGGUAGCUGCUUUUUUUCUAAGAAAAAUAUCCGAAGAUAUCGAUGCAGGUGAUAUAGUUUUCCCUGCGGGUAGUACUGUGUUUUUCGGAUUGGUUCAUAUUCAAAGGAAUCCAAAAUAUUGGCCGGAUCCACUUAAAUUCGAUCCUGAUAGGUUUCUACCAGAAAAUGUAGCUAAACGACAUCCUUGCACAUAUAUACCUUUCUCUUAUGGUCCUAGAAACUGUAUAGGAGGACAAUAUGCUAUGAUGAAUAUGAAAACUAUUUUGGCAACAGUGUUAAGAAGAUUCAGGAUUUAUACGAAAUAUAAAACCAUCGAAGAAAUCAAAUUGAAAACAAAUGUAGUACUUAGAUUGAAAGAGGGACCUAAAGUUUGGGUAGAAACACGUUAAUAAUUAAUAAAUUAUAAUGUGGAAUGUGUAUAAUAUUCAAAAAAUAUAAUUAAAUAUAUCAUUUAACUCAA